CUUGUUUAUUAUGGAUUGGGAACUCUGGGAAAAGAUGGCAGCUUCCUGUCUGUACUUGGGAUUUACUUUUCACCAAGGACGGAAUCAAAACAGUUGCAUGUAGAUAUCUGCCCAAUCGCCUCAAAUUCAUAUAUUUUAAAACUUUACUAAGAUUUACCAUGGAGAAGAGCGGAAGCAUCGAUAGUCUGGGUUCGAAGCAUUCCUCGUCAAGGCAGGCCAGUGUUGAUUCAUUGUCCAGUACGUCCACGUCUCGUUCUGACCGGUCCACUCACGCUGCCAAGACCCCCUAUGCGAUGUCUUCUGACAAUGGGUCCACCUCAACAGAGUUCUCCCCAGAACUACGGGGCAGACCUAAAGCAGCUGCCAAGGUGCUCAGGGAUUCAAACAAAGAAGAACCACAGUUACUACCAAAGGAAAGUGUGCAAGACAUGGCCAAAGACGUCACCUACAUCUGUCCUUACAUCGGUGCACUGAGGGGGACAUUGACUGUCACUAACUACAGACUGUUCUUCAGAUGCAUGGACAGGGAACCAGCGUUUGUGCUGGACUUGCCCCUGGGGGUAGUGAGCCGCGUGGAGAAGAUAGGAGGUGCAUCUAGCCGUGGUGAGGUCUCCUACGGGCUGGUCUGCAAGGAUAUCCGUAAUCUGCGGUUUGCACACAAGCAGAUGGAGGACUCACUCAGGAAGUCAAUUUUCGAGAUCCUGAUGAAAUUUGCCUUUCCUGUUUCCAAUGGUUUGCCAACCUUUGCCUUUGAGUAUGGGCAGGUCUAUCCUGAAAAUGGCUGGAAAGUGUAUGAUGCUCAAGCGGAAUACAAAAGACAGGGAUUACCCAACGAGAGCUGGAGGAUAACUAAAGUGAAUGAUCACUACGAAGUGUGUGACACUUACCCAUCAAACCUGGUGGUGCCUGUCAACAUACCAGAUGAGGAGUUGAAGAGAGUGGCUGCCUUCAGAGCCAAGGGCAGGAUACCUGUGCUGUCGUGGAUCCACCCAGAGAGCCAGGCCACAGUGACCCGCUGUAGUCAGCCCAUGGUCGGGGUCAACGGCAAGCGUAGCAAAGACGAUGAGAAGUACCUCCAGGCCAUCAUGGAUGCCAAUGCUCAGUCCCACAAGCUCUUCAUCUUCGAUGCCAGGCCUAGCGUCAAUGCUGCCGCCAACAAGAUGAAAGGGGGUGGCUAUGAGAGUGAGGAUGCCUAUCAGAAUGCAGAGCUGGUGUUCUUGGACAUCCACAACAUCCAUGUGAUGAGAGAGUCACUGCGCAAGCUGAAGGAGGUGGUCUAUCCCAACAUCGAGGAGUCCCAUUGGCUCUCCAACCUCGAGUCCACUCAUUGGCUGGAGCACAUCAAGCUGAUCCUGGCUGGGGCGCUGCGUAUUGCAGACAAGGUAGAGUCUGGGAAGACUUCAGUGGUAGUUCACUGCAGUGAUGGAUGGGACCGUACUGCCCAGCUCACCUCCCUGGCUAUGCURAUGCUGGACGGACACUACCGCACCAUCCGCGGCUUCCAGGUGCUGCUGGAGAAAGAGUGGCUGAGCUUUGGCCACCGCUUCCAGCUAAGGAUCGGUCAUGGGGAUAAGAACCACACAGACGCAGACCGCUCGCCUGUCUUCCUGCAGUUCAUUGACUGUGUGUGGCAGAUUACCCGACAGUUUCCUGCAGCCUUUGAGUUCAACGAGUACUUCCUGGUCACCAUCCUGGACCACAUGUACAGCUGCCUGUUUGGGACAUUCAUGUGUAACAGUGAACAGCAAAGGGUGAAGGAGGAGCUGCCUAAGAAGACAGUUUCUCUGUGGGCCUACAUCAACAGCCAGCUAGAAGAGUUCACCAACCCUCUUUAUGUCAACUAUUCCAACCAUGUGCUGUUCCCAGUGGUCAGCAUGCGCCACCUGGAGCUCUGGGUGGGCUACUACAUCCGCUGGAACCCUCGCAUGAGGCCACAGGAGCCUGUUCACCAGCGCUACAAGGAGCUGCUGGUCAAGCGGGCGGAGCUUCAGAAGAGGGUGGAGGAGCUGCAGCGAGACGUGACCAAUCGCUCUGCCUCCUCCACUGAGAGGGCGGGCUCGCCCACCCGCUCCAUCACUCCCGUUCAGACCUUUGUUUGACAAACAUUGUUUGACAGGGGGCUUAUAGAGUAAGGCUGAGGACUGAUGCCCCACAACGAUAAGGUGCCAUGGCCAUAACUAAUAGACUGCACUGCAGGGGGCUUGCUGUGUCACACAUUCCUGCUUAACAUGACACACUCCUGUAGGAAGCAGCGCAACCACCAAGUGUCUGUAGAAACCAUGUAUUGGCCUUUGGCUGUUCCAUCUCACUGCCCAACAGCUGAGGUCGUACAGGGUCAGACCCAUAGAAAUAUAAUAAGAAUAUGAAUUUAUAUGCCUAUGGUCAGAAUCCUAUAUUGUCUAUGCACCAAAAAUACGUGCUGCCUCUGUUUCAGACCACCCAUAGACAAUAACAGAGGCCUCUAGUGGCCAAAAGGCUGUUUUAGCAUGGGUAGCAUCAUUAAGGGCUUCCACCAUGCUUCUGCCAUUUUAAAGUAAUCAACGUUUUCAAUAGGGUGGGGAUUCCUAUGGGUUGUAGCCUCAAUGGCACUGCCUAUGCUGUCACACAUGCUAUAAUGGCACAUAUAUAAAGAUGAGUCCUCUAUUUAUCUCUGAGACCACCUCACUAUAGCCAUACUAUACUUCGCUGACCUCUGCUACCAGGGUCACGAGUACUGUAACAUAUAUUGAUCAUCAAAUAAUCCCUCACAAGUAUGCUAUUGCAUAUUGGCUUAACUACAUCCAGUAUUAAUGCAUUAGUUUAUUCUAAAGUAAUAAGUAAACUAAAUUAUUAAUAGGAUAAAACAAGUAGCUAACAUGCUCAAUGAAUUUCUCUGUCGUGAAAGCGAGGUGGAGAAUUGUAAAAGAAAAAAAAAAUACAUGCUAUUUAAGCAAUUUUCUGUUUAUUUCUACUUGACAUAGGUUUUGAGGUCAGAAAUGUCUGCAAAUGGUUUUGAAGCUGAGAAAAUAGUUACUGAAUGGACACAUAUUUUGACCAAAUAGGUAUGAAUGAAUGUGGGUGUAUAGUUAUGUAUGACAUUCCAUCUGAUCAGUAUGUUGAUGUUUUCUAAGCUGUUGAGUUAUUUUUACUAGCAAAUUAACUACAUAUUAUUUCGAUUCCCUUAGCCUAGAUUGUGUGUACAGUUUAUACCAUACACUUUUAGGUUAAUACUGAGCUCUGAGUCUCAGUUAUAAUUAGGUGAUAACUUGAGGGCUUUGGUGAUGAUGUGUACAUCACGUUGCAGACUGUGUACCGAAAACAGAUCAGUAAAAUUGACAAUGUGCAUGACAUGGUUUAGUUGAAAGGUCAUACCCACAGGUUGUUAAUAAAUGCUGCAUAUGUAUAGAAUAACAAAUUCUACAGAAACUAGAAACUGAAUGCCACAGAUGGCACUAACCAUUUCUCCAUGGAAGAUGUUAAGACUCGCCAACAACGCCUCUCACAGGCACAGUGAUGUAGAGCUUUGCACUGUUGUUUAAAAUAAAUAGUCACAACAGGGUUUUGUCUUUGAAAGGUGAUCUGAUUACUAACCAGAGGAAAAGUAUUGAGGCUCAUUCCCCACUAGUGCAAUGAUGAAGUGAUGAGGCUUUUUUCAUGGCCUCACAAGGGCACAUCCUUAAUCAAUAUAAAUCAGUAACUGUUUAACUAAUAUUUAUGUGUUAGUAGAAUAAUUAAUUUGGUAAGAAUGUUAUGGUCAAUUUAAUUGCAGGCCAUUAACUUAAAGCAAGGUGACUACCAUGGACUGUAACCCAUGCCUGUCAACAAUACACGUUUGACCAAGAUAUUUUGAUAAUUUAUAUGUUUUUGUUUAAAUGUUAAUUUGCAAAAUAGGAAAUAAAACUUUUUCUUGUCCUUAUAUAUUAUGAUCACCAAUAUAUUGUUAGUAGGUAGGUAGAUACAACAUGACGAAGUACUUUAUAUUGCCUGUGAACCACAGCAAAUGGCCCAGCACUUCAGCAGUUUAUCCAGCCUGGAUUUACUUUGCUCUUUGAUCCGGGAUUGACGCCGGUUGCUGUUGACUUCAUUUAAUGAUAAAUAGAAGAUCACCACAAA